AUGUCUGAAUCUCCAGGGUCUUCUGAAUCAAAAGUAAACCCCAGAAGCGCCAACGUCCUUGACCUUGAGGCAGAUGGAGUGGUAUCUGUGUACGUGAAUGGAAAGUUUGCGUGGCAGUUACCGAAAAAGAUACUCUAUGUCAAAGUACCAUCUGCCAUACCUAAGUUCCAGGUUGAAGACGACGAUCCUAUCGGUGCCGCCCCAGCAGUCUGGGAAAUCAAGAACUGUUCUGAAGAAGCUUUUCGCCUGUUCAACGAGUGGCUCUACAAUUCUCGUGGCCAGCUCAAAGAACCGCUCCCAGGAAGUCCCAUCAACGUCUACUUUGAGCUUAACCAGCUGGCAUCAGUGUAUCAAAUCCCGGAUCUCGCUAUCGCCGUGAGUAAGGUUAUUCAGAAAUUCUUCGAUGACUCAGAGAACAUGUCAGCUGUGAGCAAGUCCUACGCAGACCUUCCUCCCAAAUCUCCAGAUCGCGCUACAAUCAGUGGUCGUUUCGCUGCCCUUGUCCUCACUAAACAACUAAAAAUGGACAUAAUGAAGCCACUUAUCGAAUCCACCGACCUGACCCGAGAUUUACUUAUCUGGCUUGUGAUCUGCAAGCAGUAUGGCCUAGACAAUGAUGGCUACCAGAAGAUCUUCGAUUGGAUGGGCGAGAACUACCAAGUUUGGGUCGAGGCUCAAGAGUGA